AUGUUGGAAAGAGUGGGCGAGAUACUCGUCAACCAACGCGAGACGCUGCUCAGCUGGUAUGAGCCCAAACUGGACCGGUCAUUCCGGUUUCCAGGUUAUAGAUCCUGCAGAUAUCUAGGGACUUUCAUCCCGCCAGAGAUUUACGACGUCGAUGCCCUCCGUGAACUGGUGGGCGAUUCCUCGACCGCAUUCAAUGACCGGAAAACGUCGUUAUUCCACCGCCUCGGUGUGCGUCUAGGCCGUAGACACCACGUGCGCCUCCACCCCAAUGUGAGCCUCUUGACGAUCCUUCUCAUCUGGCUGCACGUGUGGGGUGACAACCGGGGCAUGUGGAAGUUGCUGCGCACCGAUCCCCAGGUUAUGCUGCAGGACAUCCGGACCACGGGCCUCGGGAUCCUCUCGUCCGGAUCCUUCAUCAACGGGGCGUUGAAAAAUCUACAGUUAGAUGUCUUCAACUACGCCGUCAUCACGACUGAUCCGUGCCUGCGGGGACUCACGCACAUCCUCAUGAUGUAUGCAGCAGACAACAAGUCGGCGGACGCGGACGACAUUAGUUCGGAGGGCAUUCAGCGGAAGCUGGAGUAUCUCUUUCGUCGGCUUCCACGGAUCCAGGCGGCCAACGUCGCGUUUUACGGCGUGCGAUGCGGCCUAGUGUUCUGUGCUCUGGCGGCGCACGAGUCCGCAGUGCGCGACCGCCAUACACCCAAGUUUCGUAUCGGCUCUGCUGCCGUCACCGGCGUCAGCAACACGGCAGCCAACAUUCCGAGCGUAAACGGCGUGCCGGUUGGCAAACUCAUCGAACCAGCCACCACCGGCCUCCGCGGUAUCCUCCUUGACACCUUUGGCCGGCGCCAGAAACGACUCAACGCUGGCGUAGGCCACGUAGAGUACAAAUUCCUCACCCAGGUGAUCGGCGAGGCAGACCAGGGGCUCCUGGCCAGCUACGCCGGCAAGGUGCCACGUGACGUCCAUGGGAACCCAAUCCCCGCGUUCGGUGCGGUCGUGAUCAAGUUCAAAGAAGCCGCCUGGAAGGUCUUCAAGCUCGUGAUGAACGACGAGGGGUGCACCAUGAUUCCCGGCAGCGUGCCGAUUGAGGAUGCGUACGGACCGGAUGCCAAGCCACCCAAGGAGGAUCCAUCGUUCAAAGGGGAUCCAUCGUCCAAAGAGGAUCCAUCGUCCAAAGAGGAUCCAUCGUCCAAAGAGGAUCCAUCGUCCAAAGAGGAUCCAUCGCCCAUGUUUGUGAUGAUGAUCACGCCAAGGAUAUCGACCGACUGGCCAAACAACGGUGGGCCGUUCGAGAUCCAGUCAUUCCUGCACGCCAGUGUCGAGACACUGUGUCUCCCAUAG